UUGCAAAUUGCAAAUUUAGAGUUCUAUAUACAUAUAUUUAUAAAUUUCGAUUUUCGAUUUUCGAUGCGGCGAUGUAUUAAGCACCUAUACCUCUACCUUGCCGAUCUGGGAAAUAUAUAGGUAUACAACAACACAUUCCAUCUCUAGCAGUAGUAGAAAUUAAAGCGCAGAAAGGCUCGUGUGUAAACUCUUGAAUAACGUUAUUCCUAAGAGCUUUCACUAGUCGAAUUAUAAACUUUAUUUCUACCUGUAAUACAAAGUGCUAAAAAAUCAUCAGCCAUGGUGAUGCAAGGACUGACCGCAAGCAGUCUCAAGAAGAACCCUGCUCUUAUCCCUCUGUUUAUCUGCCUUGGCGUUGGAAUGGCUGGUGCAGUAUUCUAUACUAUAAGAUUGGCUGCAAGAUGUCCAGAUGUUUCCUGGAACAAAAAGAAAAAUCCCGAACCCUGGGAAUACUGGGCAGACAAGCAAUACAAAUUCUAUAGACCCAGUGGCAAAGAUUUACCACCAAGCCCGGCCCCCAAGUUCUAAAAACGAGUUUACCAUCUAGCCGAAUCUGAAGAUAGAUGCUGUAUAGAUAUUUAUCAGAAAAAAACAUCAAUAGCUGCUUGCAGCAGCUUACCUGUUUUACUGUGUUUUAUUAUGUAAAUUUACAUUCAAGAUUUCCUGUACUGAAAAUUGUGUACAUGUCAUAAAUAUACGUGCACUUAAAGUUCUGCUUGUAACAGUGUUUCAACAAUGUUUCAAAAUAAAGAAUGCCUGUGCGCGUUUUAAGAAUUGAUCAUGUGAAUCAAAUCAGUCGUGAGAUUUUCUUUAUAAUUUUCAAGUCUUUAUUUAAAGCUUUGGAUACACCUACAAUUUAUUCAGGUUACUUUGAAGUAGUGUUUAAUAAAUGAUUUAAGAAAAAA